UAGAGGAGAAUGGCUGCAGAUAACACCUCCUCUGUGACAGAAUUCAUCCUCGCAGGCUUAACGAACCAGCCAGAACUCCAGAUCCCCCUCUUCUUCCUGUUUCUAGAUUUCUACGUGGUCACCAUGGUGGGGAACAUGGGCUUGAUAACGCUGAUUGGACUGAAUUCUCACCUUCAUAUUCCCAUGUACUUUUUCCUCUUCAACUUGUCCUUCAUAGAUUUUAGUUUCUCUACUGCCAUCAUCCCCAAAAUGCUGACAAGUUUUGUCUCAAAGAAAAACAUCAUUUCGCACGCAGGGUGUAUGACUCAGCUCUUUUUCUUCUGUUUCUUUGUCUUUUCUGAAUCCUUCAUCCUGUCCGGGAUGGCGUAUGACCUGUAUGUCGCCAUCUGUAGACCACUGGUAUACACAGUCACCAUGUCUCCUCAGGUGUGUUUACUCUUUUUGUUGGGUGUCUAUGGGAUGGGGGUUUUGGGGGCUGUGGCCCAUACAGGAAAUAUAGUGUUUCUGACCUUUUGUGGUGACAGCCUUGUCAAUCACUACAUGUGUGACAUCCUUCCCCUCCUUGAGCUCUCCUGCAACAGCUCGUACAUAAAUGUACUAGUUGUCUUUAUCGUUGUGACCAUUGGCAUUGGGGUGCCUAUUGUUGCCAUUUUUAUCUCUUAUGGUUUCAUUCUUUCCAGCAUUUUACACAUUAGCUCCAUGGAAGGCAGGUCCAAAGCCUUUAGUACAUGCGGUUCCCACAUCAUUGCAGUUUCUCUUUUCUUUGGGUCGGGGGCGUUCAUGUACCUCAAACCACCUUCCAUUUUACCCCUUGACCAGGGGAAAGUAUCCUCCCUGUUCUAUACCAUUGUUGUCCCUAUGUUCAGCCCGUUAAUCUACAGCCUGAGGAAUAAGGAUGUCAAAUUUGCCCUGAAGAAAACCUUGGGCAGAAUAACCUUUUCUUGA